UGACGUAAGAGGUGGAUCUGGUUGCCUUGGAGACAGUUUGGCAGUGAAGUUAGGCUCGGCUUCAUAACCCCGCCCACUGUACAUAUACCCCCAGCGGCUCUGACGUCAAUGGACGUCAACCAAAGGAACACGAUGCCUCCUGCGAGCUCCGUAGCAGUCCGGUCCGGUCCGGUCCUGUGUGUGUUUGAAUAACAGCGAGUCGUGUCAGGGUGCUGUGCUCAGCCCACCAGCCCUCGGUGUUAUUAAGAAUGCCUUGUUUUGUAAACUGCUUGCAAAUAAGGACCAAGCUUUGAAAAAAAAAAAAAAAAAAAAAAAUGGAUCUUCUUGUUUUUUUUUUUUAUAGUGUAUAAAUAUUAGAUUUUUCUUGGUGUCUCGGUUUCACCAGCAUGGUCAUGGCGGAUUGUCAACAGAGACGAGGUCCGGUUCGGGUGGGUUUCUAUGACAUCGAGCGCACCUUAGGAAAAGGCAAUUUCGCUGUUGUGAAGCUGGCGCGGCACCGUAUCACCAAGACCGAGGUUGCAAUAAAGAUUAUUGACAAGUCUCAACUGGACGCUGUGAAUCUAGAGAAGAUCUACCGAGAAGUUCAGAUCAUGAAGAUGCUGAAUCACCCUCACAUUAUCAAGCUCUACCAGGUAAUGGAGACAAAAAACAUGCUGUACCUUGUAACGGAGUACGCCAAAAACGGGGAGAUUUUUGACUACCUGGCCACCCACGGGAGGCUGAGUGAACCGGAAGCGCGGCGCAAGUUCUGGCAGAUCCUGUGCGCGGUGGAGUACUGUCACGACCACAGCAUCGUGCACCGCGACCUCAAGGCAGAGAACCUGCUUCUGGACGGACACAUGAACAUCAAGAUAGCCGAUUUUGGCUUUGGUAAUUUCUUCGAGGCCGGGGAGCCCCUGACCACGUGGUGUGGGAGCCCCCCCUAUGCAGCCCCGGAGGUGUUUGAGGGGCAGCAGUACGAGGGUCCGCAGCUCGAUAUCUGGAGUCUGGGGGUGGUCCUGUAUGUGCUGGUGUGCGGAGCCCUCCCCUUCGACGGACCCUCCCUGCCUGUGCUGAGAAGGAGAGUCCUGGAGGGUCGCUUCAGGAUCCCCUACUUCAUGUCUGAAGACUGCGAGCAUCUGAUCCGGAGGAUGCUGGUUCUAGACCCUUCCAAGCGACUGACCAUCGCUCAGAUCAAGGAACACAAGUGGAUGCUGCUGGAGGUGCCAGUGCCGCGGCCCGUGCUCUACCAGCAGGGGGCGCUAGAGGACAGCGAGUCCAGGAUGGGCGAAUACAACGAACAAGUACUGCGACUCAUGCACAGCCUGGGGAUUGACCAGCACAAGACCAUCGAGUCCCUCCAGAACAAGAGUUACAAUCACUUUGCUGCUAUUUAUUACCUGCUUGUGGAGAGGCUGAAAUCUCACCGGAGCAGCUUCCCGGUGGACCAGCGGCUCGACGCUCGACAACGACGGCCAAGCACCAUCGCCGAGCCGACCGUCGCCAAGGUCAGCACUGUAGGACCUCAGGUGAGCCUUCUGCCUCACAGUGUCCGGCUGCUCCGCUCCCCAGUCCUCUCACAGGCCCCCACCUUCCCCCAAUCCUCGGGCCCUGCCGACAUCAGCUUCAUGGAGGACGACGUUGUGGGCACACCCAAGGUGAAUGGAUCCCUCCUGGAGCCCCUGCCCCCCCCAGCGGUGCGCAAGGGCUGCCCAGCGUCUCCUAGCAACAUGAUGGAGACCUCCAUCGACGAGGGGAUCGAGACGGAGGGUCCGGAGUGUGAGGAGGACCCCCUGCUGGUCUGCACUGCCUUCCAGAGCUCCCGCUACGGGCAGCGCAGGCACACCCUGUCCGAGGUCAGCAACCAGCCCGGCAUGGCUCCCAGCGCUGGGAAGCUGUUUGCUAUGAGCACUGACCCCUCUCUGGGCAGCAUGGACUCUGAGUACGAGACGGGCUCUGUCCACAGUGACCUCAGCUUACUGGAGGAGCCCCCCGGUCUGAGCAGAAUGACUCCUCCGUUCAUUGGAAUGAGACCCCCGAACCCGGCGAUGCAGGCCCUGAGCGCUCAGAAACGAGAGGCACACAACCGCUCCCCCGUGAGCUUCCGCGAGGGCCGGCGAGCCUCCGACACGUCCCUGACACAAGGAACCGUGGCAUUCCGGCAGCACCUCCAAAACCUGGCGCGGACCAAAGGGAUCCUGGAGCUCAAUAAGGUGCAGAUGCUGUACGAACGGAUGGGCUCCAGUGAAGACCCUGCCCUCGCGUCCACAGCACCCCACCUGCAAGACCUCCUGGACAGGCAGCAGCAGGGUGAACCUCCCCAGCAGCAGGAGGAUGUAGCAAUGUUCCAAAACCCAAUCCACCCUCAGUUACUGUCCCGACGGCAGAGUCUGGAGACCCAGUACCUAACGCAUAGACUGCAGGAAGCCAGUCUGUUAGCACAGGCACAGAACAGCUGUCAGAUGUACUGCAAGGAAAGCCCGAGAAGUCUGGAGCAGCAGCUUCAAGAACACAGUACGGGGGUCCAGGCUGCCGUGAGCAGCACUCCAACCCUGUCUCCCUCUCCUCCUCGCAGGCUGCACCAGAAGCGGCUCUUCCUGCAGAAACAGUCCCAGCUGCAGGCCUACUUCAACCAGAUGCAGAUCGCAGAGGGUUCCUACGCACCUCCGGACCAGCCUCCUCGGGCCCCAGUGCAGCUAGCCCAGCAGAGCCCUCAAAGCCAGGCCCAGGCUCAGCAGGUCCCGGGCCAGUACCUCAGCCCAGUACUGGAGCCCCCAGGAGAGCAGCAGCUCCAGUACGAUCCCUACCUUGGCCAGUACCCAGUCCAGACACCCAGCCACCUCUACCACCUCCCUCCGCAGCAGGAGGCUCUGAACUACAGCUACCAGCCCUGCGAGCUGGGCCCAAACCCCUCCCCCUCCCCAGAGCACUACCAGUACCCUGCGCACCCGGCAGCAAACUCCCCUCUCGCUGUCCCCGAGCUGCACAGCUCGCUGUUCGACUGCGAAAUGAUGGAGACCGUAGACCCCCAGAACGGCUUCGUCCUGGUGAACUAAACAAACACUACUACAUGAAAACGCAGUAUUACCUCCAGGAAGCACGGGGAGGGGAAAGCAGGGAGGAGGAGCAAUUUGUUUUUUCCUUCAAGGAUUUUUUUGCCCUAGCGACCGGGAGAACAUGGGUCGACCAAAAUGAGACGGGUACGUGAGACGAACUGACCGCCCCUGAACCCGUUUGGACCACAGCGAGGGACUGGAGCGUUUAGCAAGAGUUUCAUCGCUGAAGGUACACCUCAAUUUAAGCACAACAACUUUUUAGAUAGGAAAAACACUGCGCAUUGCACACAGGCCUCCUUCAGCACGGAUGAGCUGGUUUAACACAGGCAGUGCGGACGGCAUUGCUGUGCAACAUUAAAGCAAUACUUUCACGACUGUAGGAAGUCCAGCACAGUUGCUGCUAGGGUGGUUCUUGUAGAUCCUCGGUCAUAGACUGGAGAUCUCUUCACACUGGACCCUGUCGUUGAACCUUUACGACUGACCUUACAUGAAGCUUCAUCUUUUUAUUUGAUUGAUUGAUUUAAAGGGGCGUGCAUUUUCUUGUGAAAUAUUUUUCAGAAAUGUGUAAAAGAAGAACUGAGGACAAUAAACUGAAGUGGAUUUGAAAGAAGAAAAAAAAGAACACCUGUAAUUUUAAGAGACACAUUUAAAUAGAAGCUCUGUAACCCGUUCAGGGACGUGAGAUCAGCUGUGGACAGGAAACGAUCUCCCUGUCUGAGUGCAGCUCUGUAGCGAGCUUCCUGUCUGACUGCAGCUCUGGUCUCGGUGCUGCAUAAUGUUUAGUGCUUGUUUAUCAACAACACAAAAACUGUACUUUAAAACAAAACAAAUUCUAACAUUGCUGGUCGUCUAAUGAAGCUUUGUAUAAAUUAGGGUUUUAGAAAUUGUAUGGAAAUGUUCCUUUCAAGAAACACGUGUGUGUACUAGUGCUGUGCCUUUCUUUAAUUUAAAAUGAAAGAUUUGUAUUUUUUAGUUUUUGUCUGGAAUAUUGGGUAAAGUCCCAUUUAUACAAAAAGGUACAAACCAAAGUCCUGUGAGUGUUUGUGCUGCUUUGGUGUUGUGUUCCACUGUGUGGAGUACAGGACGGACCUUUCCACUUAUUUCAAAGAGAAACUAGCUUCAAACCUCAUUUCAAUUGCUUUUUGUUUUGUUAUUUCCUGUUUGACGAUGUUUGCAAUCAUUCAGAGCGGGUCACAUGCUUCUCCAGCAUCGAGUCUUCACAGCGCUGAGCUUGUAGAACACCUUCCUCAUUCCAUUCAAAUCACAUGACACCUUUCAACCCUGCCAGCCCCGCCCACUCUACACACGCAGACAGAGCAGUUCCAUUCAAAUCACAUGACACCUUUCAACCCUGCCAGCCCUGCCCACUCUACACACGCAGACAGAGCAGUUCCAUUCAAAUCACAUGACACCUUUCAACCCUGCCAGCCCUGCCCACUCUACACACGCAGACAGAGCAGUUCCAUAUAAAUCACAUGACGCCUUUCAGCCCCGCCCACUCUACACACGCAGAGACAGAGAGCAGUUCCAUCAAAUCACAUGACACCUUUCAACCCUGCCAGCCCCGCCCACUCUACACACGUAGACAGAGAGCAGAACCAAACAAACAUCAGUGAGACGAGGAACUUCUGCCCAGCGAAGCUCAUCGGCUUCCGAGCAGCUGAUUGAUCUCAAAGUGAUUCAGCUUCGACAACAUGACUAGGUAACCCAUCCCAUUCCCUCAGCACUCUCUGUGUGAAGAAGAGUCUCCUUCAUCAUCAUGACUAGAUAACCCAUCCCAUCCCCUCAGCACUCUCUGUGUGAAGAAGAGUCUCCUUCAACAACAUGACUAGAUAACCCAUCCCAUCCCCUCAGCACUCUCUGUGUGAAGAAGAGUCUCCUUCAGCAACAUGACUAGAUAACCCAUCCCAUCCCCUCAGCUCUCUCUGUGUGAAGAAGAGUCUCCUUCAACAACAUGACUAGGUAACCCAUCCCAUUCCCUCAGCACCGUGUGAAGAAAUGUCUCCUUCAGCAACAUGACUAGGUAACCCACUCCAUCCCCUCAACACUCUCUGUGUGAAGAGUCUCUUUCCCUCUGUCCUGAGUCUAUUUCCAAGUAUUGGUAGGAUUAACUCCUUUUAAGAUUUGAAGGACCACAUCAUGCCCCCCCUUUUUUUUUCCAGGCUCAAUAGAUUCAGUUCUUUCAGCCUCUCUUCGUAUCUCAGUCCUUUAAAUCCUGCUGGGUUUACUCUACUUGCUAGUCUUCAGACUCUGUCCAGGGCAUUAAUGUCCCUUUAGUCCUGUGGCGACAGGACUGAGCUUAGUGUGUGGGCUAGCAGUCAUAGUGUCACAUGAUUUGAGAGGACAGAGGAUGGCUACUCAGUCAUAGUGUCACAUGAUUUGAGAGGACAGAGGAUGGCUACUCAGUCAUAGUGUCACAUGAUUUGAGAGGACAGAGGAUGGUUAUUCAAUCAAUAAGGAGCAACAGAACCAAUCUGGAUGAUUGCAAAGAUCUUACAAGAGUAAGAGAAAUUUUAAAAACUUGAUUCAAAUGAUAUCUGAAGCGACAUUCUCUUUCAUAGUUGCUUCUGGUCAAUCAGUAUAUGCCGUAUAAAGUAUUAUAGCAAUAUUUAUAAUAAAGAUUAAUAAUAGUAAUUGUGUCAUUCAAUGGUGUUUGUAUCACUUCACACAACAGACACGUAUUGAACAGCCACACGCAUCAGUGUUCACCACACAUAAGCUACCUUGCUGUUGAGAAUAAAAAAAAAAAUUGACUUCAUUGAACAA